UUUCCGUAAUUUGGUCUUUGAGUCCCCUAGAUGCUUUUUAAAAGCUAAAAUAACGCUAAUUUUUAGUAAAAUAGCCGCUAGCCGCCAGAUAUAGCGGGGAAAUAGCUAAAAUACCAACGCUGCUGGUUGUUUGUAACAAAAAAGAACGCGGGAUUAUAAACAUUAUCCUGCGCUCUACUUUUAUUUAUUCUGCGAUCCACUUGUCGCAGAUUUGUCUUCCGGAAUGUACAUAUCACAAGCGAUGUCGUGGCACAAAGUCAGCACUGAUUCGGACGGAGACAUGCAGGCGACCGUCACAAAUGAAGCCUCCUUGGAUUCCGUCGAGUCAAGGCCGGAGGUCGCGGAUUCGCUGAGCAUCGAACAGGUGGUGGACGGAGCGGGUGACUUAAACGCAGAACCGAUGGCCUUCCUGCAAGGACUUAAUUCUGGAAAUCUGAUGCAGUUCAGCCAGCAAUCCGUGCUGCGUGAGAUGAUGCUGCAGGAUCUGCAGUCUCAGGUGAAUACAUUGCCCAAGCUGGAGAACCACAACCUUGGCGGCUACAACUUCAGCAUGGUACUGGAUGAACCACCAAAAUCUCACUGGAUGUUCUCGGUGGCUUUAAACAAACUCUACAUCCGGAUGAACAAGACCUUUAACGUGGACGUUCAGUUCAAGGCGAAGAUGCCUAUUCAACCGCUUAAUCUCCGGGUCUUCCUCUGUUUUGUCAAGGAUGUAAGCGGUCCGGUGCUGCGAUGUCAGAAUCACCUAAGUGUAGAGUCAACGACCAUCCAGAACAUAAAAGUGCGCGAAAGCUUGCUACGCUGUGAGAAUCCCAACACCGUCUAUUGUGGAUCUGCCCAGGGAAAGGGCAUUUCUGAGCGCUACUCUGUUCUGAUUCCUCUAAAUAUGUGCCGUUCUGGCAGCCGCAGUCCCGGAUACGUUCGUCAGACGCUGGCCUUCAAGUUUGUCUGCCAAAAUUCGUGUUUUGGCCGAAAGGAAACAUGCUUGGUGUUUUGUCUGGAGAACGCUAGUGGGGAUAUUGUGGGACAGCAGGUUUUAAAUGUUAAAAUCUGCACGUGCCCGAAACGAGACCGCAACCAAGACGAGCGACAAAUUAUUGGAAAGAAGCGCAAAUCCGAACCGGCCUGCUCCGAUGAGGAGGAGGAGCCGGACGUAAAGCCGCCAAAAUCUCGUAAACGCACCCCUUCUUAUCGGCGUAAUGUAAAGGAGGAGACUGAAAGCAAUGAAAGCCACGACGACGAGAUGCCCGUCUCCGAUUGGCAGGUGUCGCGUACAUCGGAUGGCGAGUAUCGUUUGUCCAUUACCUGCCCGAAAAAGGAUUGGCUUCUCCAGAGCAUAGAUGGUAUGAUUAAGGAGGCCGCUGCUGGAGUGCUCCAAAAUCCAAACCAGGCGAAUCUUCGACACCACGCUCACAAGUUGGUCAACUUGAAGAAACGUGCCUGUGACCUUCCAUGACUGGAAUUUUGGCUAGAGCCAUUUUUAACUACUUCAGAAAGCAACCAUAAGAACCAAGUGAUUUCCAAGAGACACCUUUAAACUGUCGUGGGCCACGAUGGACACGAAUGGAAAAUUUACAAUUUCUUAAGUUCGUAUUAAUUUUUAAUUGUUAGGUGUUUCCAAGUGAUACUUAAUUGGCUUGUACGAAAGCCAGGAUAGGAAAGUUUUAUAUUUUUGAUAUUAUUAUACACCUGUUACCUACAA